AUGCCUAAAUCAUCAAAAGAGUUGGUGGAACAAGAGGGCAGGCUCUGUUUAGCAGUUGAAUCUAUUCAAAAAGGUCAUACAAAAUCUAUUCGUAAAGCUGCACGCGUUUUUCAAGUUCCCCGAUCAACACUUCAAGAUCGCCUAAAUGGGCUCAAAUUUCGCAAGAAUACUAGAGCCAACUCACAUAAAUUGACCUCUAUAGAGGAAGAAUUACUUGAAAAAUGGAUUAUAUCGCUAGAUCAACGUGGUGCACUACCAAAGCACUCUCAAGUCCGUGAAAUGGCGAAUCUACUACUUCAAAAGCGUGGUCAAAAUACAACUAUCUCUAUUAUACCUGUCUGUAUGCCUGCUAAUUCCUCACAUCUAUGUCAGCCUCUAGAUGUUGCAUGCUUUUCGCCUUUGAAGAAGACCUAUAAAGAUCAAGUUCAACAGCUUAUCCGUACGGGAUAUCAUCAUAUCGAGAAGAUUGAUUUUCUUGACAUGUAUCCGAAAGCCCAUGCUCAAGUAUUUACUAAAGCAAAUAUACAAAGCGCUUUUAGAGCUUCAGGUCUUGUUCCUCUAGAUCCCAGCAAGAUACUAGAGAAUAUGAUUUUUAAAAAGACCAGCCGUCCGAGCAGUCAAAGCACCUCCUCUUCUUCGAUCUUUACAAAAACACCAAGGAAUUCGAGGCAAUUCAAGAAGUACGAGUCUACACUAUCUCAAUUACUUCAACAACAAGAUACUCCAGCUACACCAAUACAGUCAGCCUUAUCAUACAUCUUCAAAGGCGCGGAGGUUGCUUUGAAUCAUACAAUACUACUUGAGCAUGAAAAUCGCCAACUACGUGAAGCUCUUAACAAACAAAACACCAAGCAGAAACGCAAUCAACAUCAAAUGGAUGGUUUGAAUGGCCUCACUGUACAAGAAGCGCUUGAGGCUUUCAACCAUGCUAGAAUAUUGGAAGAACAGGCUGGGAAUGCAGGCCCUAGGAAGGAUCAACCACGCCGUCGGGCGCCUCCUAGGUGUAGCGCGUGCCAUAUUGUAGGGCAUAUACGUACUAGAUGUCCUAAUCGAGCAGUAUCUUGA